UCUACGUGGUUGUGUUCCAACGCCAUCCCACAAAAGCUCCAGCCUGCCUCAACCCUCUUACUCUUUUGCUUUCUUCCCCCAAAAACAAUUUUCGUCUUUUUACAAAUCCUGCAAAACCCUAUCCCUACUCGACAUGUGAUCUUCUAUAUAUUCCUCGCAACGAUUCCUAUUUUUCUUUAUAUACACUCCAUAAUCGCAGUAGUUUUAGCUGCGCCGUGAUGGAUGGGAUGUUCGGGUUUCAUUCCACGCCGGAUUACGGCGACAGGGCUUUGAUGUCGCCGGAGAAUCUGAUGGACUGCGGAUACACCUACCACGGCCUGAUUUCCUCAUCCGCGCCCGAUCGGAUUCCGGUGUUCGCCUCCGACGACCUUACUGCCACCGGCAGCUUCCCUUGCUCCGUCGUCUCCGAGGCCGCGUCCGUGGCUCCCGAUGUUUAUAGGAGGGGCGGCGGCGGCGGUAGGCGCGAGGACGCGGCGGGGGAGAAGGAAGACGACGACGACGACGGUAUCGGCUUGAUCAAAGCUAAAAUCGCUUCUCAUCCUUCUUAUCCUAAGCUCUUAGAGGCUUAUAUUGAUUGCCAGAAGGUGGGAGCGCCGCCGGAGAUCGCGUCGUUUCUGGAUGAAAUCAGGCGAGAAAACGACUUGUUUAAGCAUGACAGUCGUGUUUCCACAUGCUUCGGAGAUGAUCCCGAGCUCGAUAUUUUCAUGGAAACGUACUGUGACAUCUUGGUGAAGUACAAAUCAGAUCUUUCCAGGCCGUUCGAUGAAGCUAAAACCUUCCUCAACAAGAUCGAAACUCAACUCAGCAACCUCUGCAAAGAUGAUGGUGUUGUAUCGUCAGAUGAUGAUGAAUAUAGCGGCGGUGAGGCAGAAGAACAAGACAGUGCUGUAAGGGGUGAAGACCGCGAGCUGAAGAGCAGACUCCUGCAGAAGUAUGGCGGCCAUAUAAGCAGCUUAAAGCUCGAAUUCUCAAAGAAGAAGAAGAAAGGGAAACUACCAAAAGAUGCAAGACAAAUAUUACUUGAAUGGUGGAAAGGUCACUACAGGUGGCCCUAUCCUACGGAAGAUGAUAAGAUUUCACUGGCUGAGUUGACGGGGUUGGAUCAGAAGCAGAUAAACAAUUGGUUUAUAAAUCAAAGGAAACGACACUGGAAACCGUCGGAACAUAUGCAGUUAGCAGUUAUGGACAACCUCGCCGGACAAUUCUUUACCCAAGACUAAGGUCUGGGAUAUAUAAUAUAUAUACGUUUACAUUAUGCUCUCUCUCUCUCUCGAAUUCGUGUACAUUUUAGGAAAUGUGAUUUAGGCUGCCAAUAUUGAUCAUACAGUAACCUUUCUGCAUAUAAUAAAUUUAAGGAAAACAACGAUCCACCAGCCCACUUCAUGCA